AUGAGUUUCUUUAUUAUAGCACCAGCAUCAUAUGCACAAGCUCGUAUAUGGCUUGAUGAGAGAAUUCGAUUCGAUCCAGACAAGCCUCAAACAGCAAUCUAUAAUAUGCCUUUUGUUUAUCGUCUCCAACCAGGCCAUAUAUUAUCGAGUAAACGACUGCGUCAUGCUCUUAAUCUUGCUGUUAACAAACAUCCCUCACUUCAUACAUCACUUUAUUUUGACAUUGAAAAAAAUCUACUUAUGCAACGAAUUAUUACUCAUGAUGAUAAAAAUAAUAAUAAUAAUAAUAAUAAUAUAUUUUCAAUCAUCGAAUCUACUUAUGAAACAGAUGAACAACUCAAUGAGAUUUUACACGAUGAGAGACGUAAUCCUCAUCUUUUUGAUCUUGCUCAUGGUCUUGUCUUUCGAUGUCAUCUUGUUUAUUACAAACAAAUCUCUUCAAAUCAUCUUCUUUUUCACAAAGAUCUACUUAUCUUCAACUUUCAUCAUGCUUUGUUUGACUUUCCAUCGAUGGAAGUAUUUCUCAAUGAUCUUAACCAAGCAUACAAAACAGGUCAAUUAUUAUAUGAUGACGACACUAAUCUUCGUUAUCUUGAUUAUGCUGUUAUUGAACAACAAAUGUCAAUGACUGGUGCAAGUAUGUUUUGGCUUGAUAUUCUUCAUGACUGUAAACUCGAUCAGUCUUUGUCAUUACCAUUUGAUCGAUAUCGUCUCUCAAAUGAACAUCGAACUGGUCGUGGAACAUCUAUUUCUUUUGAUUUUGGCCAAGAUCUCUCACAUGAUUUUCUUAUUCAUGCAACAUCAAAUAACAUAUCACUUGAACAACUUGCACUUGCUACUUAUUAUGUGUUUUUAUUCAAAUUAACGAAUGAAGAAACAGAUUUAUGCAUUGGAAUAAAUACACUUGGCCGAUAUAGAUAUGAGCUUAACUCUAUCAUCGGAAUGUUUGUGAAUGCUAUACCUUUGCGAUGUCAACUCGAUCCUCAUUUAUCAUUUCAUAAACUUACUAAGCAAGUUGAAGAUACGAUGAUAAAUAUUAUGAAAUAUUCAUAUUUUCCUCUUCAACAUAUUCUCAAUCAACAUCCAAAUAUAUCAAAUCCUGUAUUUCUUGAUACAUCAUUUGACUUUGUAUCAUCUAUGAGAAGAGUUGAGGAGAAUGAAAUAAUGAUUGGUGAUAGUCGACUUUCUUUACUACCUUUUUCAAUUAAGAUUAGUGAAGAUGAAAUAAUGAGUAAGUUUGAUUUUAUACUAAGUUUUCAACAUGAUCUGAACCUAAAUGAAUUCUCAUGUACAAUCAAUGCAUCGCUUGAUUUAUUUAAUGCUGAAACAGUUUGUAUAACUGGACAGAGAUUACAGACAAUGUUACAUCAACAAUUCACCUCUUUUAACUGUACAACAAACAAACCGAUCUAUGAAUUAUCAUUUAUAUUACCAAAUGAACAAUAUCUGAUGCAAUCAUUGAAUAAUACACAAAUAUCAUUUCCGUCUCCUGCUACUUGUAUUCAUCAUGAA